GUGACAGCCCUGAUCAUGGAUCUGAGAUACAAGUUAAAUUAGAGCUUGUUGAUAAAGUAUCAACUGGCGAUUUUGAUCGUUGAGAAUCUCUUUUUUUCACAAACGCAAAACAGCAAGUGCAAGUUCAGCAAAAUUUGAAAAGUUGACAUCACAUGUUUAUUUAUAUUAAUAAAAAAAACAUGGAUAUCUGAAAUUUACUCACAGGAGAAUCCUGUACAGAUGUGACAGUUCAGUUCUUUUUUUGGCGUUUUGAAAUUGAUUAUCCUCAUCGAGCAAUAUAUUGCAUCAUAUUCUAUAUCAUUAUGAUGCGCCAAAGACGGCAGCAGGGUCUACAAUAUGGCAUAUUCCUGCUGUGUAUGCAAACUCUAAACUUUGGACUUGAUAAAAUACCACCUGCUACUCUAGUUGGAAUCAUUGCACAGGUAAUUUUUUUACUAAAAAUUUGAUAUAAAUUUUGUUUUAACGAUUUCGUUUCACUAUAUUUUGGACCAGUCUCUCUAGAAUUAACAUAAUUUACUCUAUUUUGAUAAACUUGAAUUAAUUUUUCUAAUUGAUCGCCAUAUAACCUUCAGUUUUUACAAGCUUUUACCAGCAUCAUAUCCAUAGAGAGUAAACAUAUUUUUCUUUUUCUAUAGACUUUAUUGUAUAUGGGCCUGAUACAGGUGCCAUGGGAUGCAGAAGAUGUAUGCAUAUCGGCUAUCAAAAUAAUUAAGUACAAAAACUGGCGGUCGUUCUUUCUUUCAAAUUUUGAACAUGGAUCCGACAUGCAUUUGUACUACAACAUGCUUUCUUUUAUUCUGAAAGGUUCUUACUUGGAGCCCAUCUACGGAAUGAUGAAUUUUGUACUUUUACUUGGUGUAUUGUCUAUCGGAUGUAGUGCUAUGUAUGUAUUCCUAGGAUACAUUCUGAUGCAAUUAACAGGGGAUUAUGGAUAUUUCACGGCUUGCGCUAUCGGUUUUUCUGCCAUAUUAUUUGCAUUGAAAGUCAUUGCGCUGUGCGAAGAACGCGACAAGUUGCACAAUAUCAGUGGAUUAAUAGUGCCAAGUAAAUUAGCGGUGUGGUUCGAAUUAAUAUUGAUACACCUAUUAGUCCCAAAUUCUUCCUUCAUCGGUCAUUUGGGUGGUAUUUUAGUUGGUUGCUUAUAUUCUUAUACUUUUGUUGGAGAAAAGAUUGAUAACUUGAUACAUAUGAUAACUGGUACACCUAUUAUACACGAAGAACAAUUUUAUAGAAGGCGAAACAGGCUAUUUACGUAAC